GCUCUUAUUGGUGUUCUGUUAGCAAAUGAAAGAAGCGCUUGUAUGCAUGUCUUCCUCCUUCCAUGUGAGUAGUGCUUGCUAGAGAGCUACAGUCCGAGGAAGAAAUCAUGCUUCGUCGAGAGGUGAGACUGAGGAGGGAGUACCUGUACAGGAAGGCACAAGAGGACAGGCUACGAACAAUAGAGGAGAAAAAACAGAAGUUGAAGGGAGCACUUGAUGAAAAUUGUGUUCUUCCAGCUGAGGUACGCAAAGAGGCUCUGCAGCUACAGGAACUCGUGGAGUAUGAUGAUGAAGGGGCAGAAGGUGUUAGCUCUCACAUGGAUGAUGAGUAUAAAUGGGCAGGAGUGGACGAUCCUAAAGUCAUGGUCACUACAUCCAGAGACCCUAGCUCCAGACUCAAAAUGUUUUCCAAGGAGGUAAAGUUGAUGUUCCCUGGAGCCCAGCGCAUGAACAGAGGAAACCAUGAGAUUGCUGCAUUAGUGCAAGCCUGUAAAGUCAACAACGUAACAGACCUCGUCAUUGUGCAUGAAACAAGAGGACAGCCAGAUGGCCUGGUGGUGUGCCACUUGCCUUUUGGACCCACAGCUUAUUUCACACUUUACAAUGUGGUAAUGAGACAUGAUGUUCCAGGCAUAGGCACCAUGUCUGAGGCCUAUCCCCACCUCAUUUUUCACAACUUCACCUCACAGCUUGGUAGGAGGGUAUCAAAUAUCCUCAAGUAUCUUUUUCCAGUGCCAAAGGAGGACAGUAGGCGUGUAAUCACAUUUUCCAAUCAAGAGGACUUCAUCUCUUUCAGACAUCACACGUACAAGAAAUCAGACCACAAGAACAUUGAGCUAACAGAAGUAGGACCCAGGUUUGAAAUGAAAUUGUACAUGAUCAAACUCGGCACCCUAGAGAAUGAGAGCACCGCAGAUGUUGAGUGGCGUCACCAUGCGUAUACACACACAGCGAAGAAAAGGAGGUUCCUCAGUGUGCAAUAGGAGCUAAUAAAGGAACAUAACGAAAACAUAACCAAACUGUUGUCAACAACUGUGGUUUGUGGAAAUCUUAUAAUUUGGAGUUUAUUAAAUAACAAUUGAUAUUUUGUUAAUCUACCAAAUAUUACUACAAGUUACAGUCACUUGUUUCCUAUAGUCAACAAUUAUGGUCACGUUUUUUUGCAAAUCGGUGUUCAAACUGCAUCAUUGUUCAACAUAAGUGACAGUAUUUUUAAUUUAACUUUUUUGACAAAUCCAACAGUAAACAAAGGUCUAAUACAUACUGCAUUACUGUAUUGUAACUGUAAUGUUUUGUAAUAAAAGUUGCGUCUAAUGACCUA